AUGUGUGACGAGGACGUUGCUGCUAUUGUUAUUGAUAAUGGUUCAGGUAUGUGUAAAGCUGGUUUCGCUGGUGAUGAUGCACCACGAUCAGUCUUUCCAUCGGUUGUCGGUCGACCUCGUCAUCAAGCUGUUAUGGUCGGUAUGGGUCAAAAAGAUUCCUAUGUUGGAGAUGAAGCCCAAUCAAAGCGUGGUAUUUUAACACUUAAAUAUCCAAUUGAACAUGGUAUUAUUACUAACUGGGACGAUAUUGAAAAAAUCUGGCAUCAUACAUUUUACAACGAACUUCGUGUUGCACCAGAAGAGCAUCCCGUGCUCUUAACCGAAGCUCCACUCAAUCCAAAGGCCAAUCGUGAAAAAAUGACACAAAUCAUGUUUGAGACAUUCAACUCACCUGGUACGCAGACAUUNAGAUAG